GACCGUCCGCUUCAACGUCUUUCUCCUCUCUAAAUCUGCCGUUUCCGUCUCCCAAACCUUCAAGGUUUAGAAUUACGCCGGGAAAUAAUGAAUGGACGCAGAGAGCCCGGCUGGUCUGUUUAUUUACAGGGCACGCAGUCUAAUCUAGAUGCAGGGGCUAUCUCGAGCUGCCAGGGAGGAAGGCAGUGCGGGGAGAGGACAGAAUCUGGGCCAGACAGAGGAAGCCACACCCAGGCCCUGCCCUGCCAGCACCGGCAACAGAGACCACACACGACCCACAACCACCGCCUGCUGGACUUUGCUACCCGAGCCUGGGGGCAGCGGCCGGAAAUGGCCCUCCCGGAGGGGGCGGGGAAAGGUGCGUUAAGGAGGAGCCAGAGGUGCACGGCCAAUCGGAAAUGAGUAUCCCCGAGGUGAGGGCGGAAGAGGAGAGGGCUAGUUCCGGACGCGGCCGCCGCCGCCGCCGCCGCCGCCAUCUGUCACCUCAGCUCCGGCACCAGUAGCCGGUAGCCGCUGCCCCGUCUGCCUCCUCGGCAGAGCCUCCUUCCGGUCCUGUCACCUCUCUCCUCUGUUCUUAUCGCGAUCUUCUUCCCCCAAUGGAUCUGGUCGGAGUGGCAUCGCCUGAGCCGGGGCCGGCAGCGGCCUGGGGACCCAGCAAGUGUCCAUGGGCUACUCCUCAAAAUACAAUAUCUUGUUCUUUGGCUGAUGUAAUGAGUGAACAGUUGGCCAAGGAAUUGCAGUUAGAAGAAGAAGCUGCUGUUUUUCCUGAAGUUGUUGUUGCUGAAGGACCAUUUAUUACUGGAGAAAACAUUGACACUUCCAGCGACCUAAUGCUGGCUCAGAUGCUGCAGAUGGAAUUUGACAGAGAAUAUGAUGCACAGCUUAGGCGUGAAGAAAAAAAAUUCAAUGGAGAUAGCAAAGUUUCCAUUUCCUUUGAAAAUUAUCGAAAAGUGCAUCCUUAUGAAGACAGCGAUAGCUCUGAAGAUGAGGUCGACUGGCAGGAUACUCGUGAUGAUCCCUACCGACCAGCAAAACCAGUUCCCACUCCCAAAAAAGGUUUUAUUGGAAAAGGAAAAGACAUCACCACCAAACAUGAUGAAGUAGUAUGUGGGAGAAAGAAUACAGCAAGAAUGGAAAAUUUUGCUCCUGGGUUUCAGGUAGGAGAUGGAAUUGGAAUGGAUUUAAAACUAUCAAACCAUGUUUUCAAUGCUUUAAAACAACAUGCCUACUCAGAAGAACGUCGAAGUGCCCGCCUUCAUGAGAAAAAGGAACAUUCUACUGCGGAAAAAGCAGUUGAUCCUAAGACACGUUUACUUAUGUAUAAAAUGGUCAACUCUGGAAUGUUGGAGACAAUCACAGGCUGUGUUAGCACAGGAAAGGAAUCUGUUGUCUUUCAUGCAUAUGGAGGGAGCAUGGAGGACACAAAGGAAGAUAGUAAAGUUAUACCUACAGAGUGUGCCAUCAAGGUAUUUAAAACAACCCUUAAUGAGUUUAAGAACCGUGACAAAUAUAUUAAAGAUGAUUUCAGGUUUAAAGAUCGCUUCAGUAAACUAAAUCCACGUAAGAUCAUCCGCAUGUGGGCAGAAAAAGAAAUGCACAAUCUCACAAGAAUGCAGAAAGCUGGAAUUCCUUGUCCAACUGUUGUACUACUCAAGAAACACAUUUUAGUUAUGUCUUUCAUUGGUCAUGAUCAAGUUCCAGCCCCUAAAUUAAAAGAAGUAAAACUCAGUAGUGAAGAAAUGAAAGAAGCCUACUAUCAAACUCUUCAUUUGAUGCAGCAGUUAUAUAAUGAAUGUACACUCGUCCACGCUGACCUCAGCGAGUACAACAUGCUGUGGCAUGCUGGAAAGGUCUGGUUGAUUGAUGUCAGUCAGUCCGUAGAACCAACCCAUCCUCAUGGCCUAGAGUUUUUGUUCCGUGACUGUAGGAAUGUCUCACAGUUUUUCCAGAAAGGGGGAGUGAAGGAAGCCCUUAAUGAACGAGAGCUCUUCAAUGCUGUUUCUGGCCUACAGAUCUCAGCAGAUAAUGAAGCUGAUUUUUUAGCUGAGAUAGAAGCAUUGGAGAAAAUGAAUGAAGAUCAUGUUCAGAAGAAUGGAAGGAAAGCGGCUUCAUUUCUGAAAGACGAUGGCGGCCCCCCGGUGCUCUAUGAAGACUAGCGCCAACACCCUCCAUGCACACACAGCGACUGUCAGCUGCCAGUAGCAAAUGAAGUGACGGGUGACUUGAAAUACCAAAAGAGGAGGCGUGUCCCAUGGUGCUUCUGUGCUUCUUUUCCCCUUGCAACCCAUGUGCCAGAUGUGUGGAAUUCUUAGCUCAGCAUUGAGAGAAUAAAAUGUCACUACCUCUCAUCUUAUGAACAGAAUAAUAUAAUUCUUUAACAGCCAUAGGUUAUCUGGCUGAAAUAGACCUAAUUUUACAUGACAUGCUAUAAAAUAUUUUGAUGAGAUUUUUAAAAAUUAGGUAACAUUUCCAAAUGUGGGAAGUGUGGGAAGAAAGCACAGAUGUGUUUACAAGGGAGGAUUUUAUUACAACAUACUGGCUUUAUUCACCUCCCUGUUUUGUGUUAUGUCUUUACCAAGACACUUUAUUGGCUUAAAAUUAGCCCUUAUUAAUUCUUUUUUUCAGACUGUGGUCAUGACUCUAAAGGAAAAUUUAUUCUCUUUAAUGGGUGUUACAAAUGAAAAUUUGGUUUCAGAAUGUCUGACAGAAAUAGUCAUAAGCAAUGUACUUUCUAUUGGUACAUUUCAUUUUAAUGAAAAUGAACUGAAUUCUACUUUUGUCAUACUCAUAUUUAAGAAAAGGGAUCAUGGGUUCUAAAAGAGAUGAAUAUAUAAGAACUAUCUAAAUGUUUUCAUUUAACUUUUAACUUCUCCACACUUAGGUAAAAUGAUCAGGAUAUAACUCAUGAUGUGACUGUUCUACAUUCAUAAUGAAAAUAUAAAUUAUCUGGAAGGACAGAAUAUCAGCCUUAACCAUGUUUGACAUAUUUUAAUGAAGUUAAUGAAACAAAAUUCAGUUGACACAUCACUAAAACCAUAUAUUUGUUGAUUUUUUUGAGAGGAAUAUAACAAUUAGAAAUAUUAAAUAAUCAAAGUAUGCAUAAAACCACAUAUGUACCAGAUUAACUAAUUUGAGCUAUUUCGGCUCAUUAAUAGGUUUUAAUACUUUUAAAAAGUAAGCAUUGUACUGGAAAAGUGUACUGGCUUUGGGCGGCGCCUGUGGCUCAAGGAGUAGGGCGCCGGUCCCAUAUGCCGGAGGUGGCGGGUUCAAACCUAGCCCCGGCCAAAAUAAAAAAAAAAAAAAAGUGUACUGGCUUUGUUAGGAUUGAAGUUCAUUAACCACAGUGUAAUCAUUCCUCCUAUUAAUCAAGUCAGAUCAGAACCACUAAAGAUCCAAAUCUUCUCUCUGGUGAUAAAAAGGAAAAAUCUAAACACUUUUUCCAUUAGAAACUUUCUCUUUUAAUAUUAUUUUAAAAUGCCAAAUAUUUUCUUUCCAGAAGAAUAUUUGUUUUUGUUGUAUAGCUUUUAAUUACAUUUCAGAGAAGUGUGAUUUUGGGUAGAUACUACAUUUUUGAAAUGUUUACUACUCUGAAAUAAAGAUUUAAAUGACUGGUGAUUAUUGGCUUUACCAAAGUUUCAGAGAACCCCAAUUUUUAAAACCAUUAACCAUUUAAAACUUUUUUUGUCUGACAAACAGCAGCAAACCAUUGCUGUGUGGCAUUCUUAGAGUGUGCUGUGAACAUGCUUUUUAAGAAAUUAAAAGUGAAGAGAUCAUUUUAAAA